AUGCAGAGGAUGCAGAGGAUGCAGAGUGGGUCUGACUUUGAUUCUCUGGACGAACGGGACCUGGAGAAGAACAAUCAGCUGGCUUUCGACGUGGCAGAGAAGGAGUUUGGAAUCUCACCCUGUAUGACCGGAAAGGAGAUGUCCUCAGUGGUGGAGCCAGACAAACUCUCCAUGGUUAUGUACCUCAGCCAGUUCUACGAGAUGUUUAGAGACACAGUGCCCCCCAGUGAUAACGUUAACCUAAGUCCCGAGGAAAAGGCUGCUCUUAUAGCCAGCACCAAAUCCCCAAUCUCCUUCUUCAGUAAACUUGGUCAAAGUAUUGCAAUCUCAAGGAAACGAUACCCAAAGGACAAAAAAGAGAAGGAUGUGGACGGUUUGGGGAAGCGGAGGAAAACCAGUCAGUCAGAAAAUGACGAAGUUUUGAGAAGCUGCUGCGACGAGAGGCCGUCUGUCCCAGUUCUGCCCGAGCGGAGGAUGGAUCCGGCCGCUGUGGCGAACAACAACAAAGUCAAGGUCAUGGCGACGCAGCUGCUCGCCAAGUUUGAGGAGAACGCUCCCGUUCAGCCAUCUGGACUCAAGAGACAGGGGGAAUCUCUCCCUAACUUGGAUCUCCUUUUGGCAACUCCCUUGCCCAAGAAUGAGCCAGUUUCUGUCAGACUGGCCCCUGUCCCAGCGUGGAGAAAGGCCAGGAGUGGUGCAGAGCAGGUGUCCGGCGCAGGCUCUCGAAGCUGCCCAAAGAAAACCAUUCUGCUCCCUUCUUCCUCCUCCACCUCCUCGCUCUCUCUUCACUCAGAGAGUUUUGCUUUAGAGGAUGAAGAUGAACACGAGUACUACGAGAUGCCGCAGAAAUACCGGGAGUGGACGCCGUUGCAUAUCGCAGACCCUGGUCCGAUCCACAUCCCGGGUAUACAGGAGAGGGCCGAUCGCCUCAUCUCCAAGUUUAAAUCUAAACCUGCCAAGCCUCCAAAGCCAAAGGUUAAGCCAUCCCGCUUCUUUUUAGAGCAAUGGUAUAUGUCCAGAAGCGUGAGUCCAGGUUCACCACUUUUAUCUCCAGAAAAGGAGUCAGAAAGGUCAGUGCUGUCUGAUGACCAAAAGCCCAUAUAUGUACUUAGUAUUCAAGAGAGAGCCGACCAACUGGCUUCUCUGUUUGAGGCGAAGCCGGCCAAACCACAGACUAAGAAAAAGCCCUCACGGUUCUUUAUGGAUCAGUGGCACGUGGCUCGAGCCCAGCGUCCUGCAGAAUCCCCCUCCGCCUCAGACACGCUGCGACAGCGGUGUGUGAGGAUGUACACAGGUGGCGUUAGCUCUCUGGCUGAGCAUUUAGCCAGUCAGCUUCAGUCACAGGAGGACGCCACGACGUCGCCCGAUAAGAGGGAUUUGGGCUCCCUCAAAAAGGAGUUUCCCGUCAACAUCGGCGGCAGCGACGUCUGCUUCUUCUGUGGAAAGCGCGUGUACGUGAUGGAGAGGCUGAGCGCCGAGGGGAAGUUCUUCCAUCGCAGCUGCUUCAAGUGCGACUACUGCGGCACCACUCUGAGGCUGUCGUCCUACGCCUUCGAUGUGGAGGACGGAUGGAAAAAACAAGAAGUGAAAAAGCUGGUGGACUGUUGCCCCAACCCAGAGAUGGAUUGA